CGUGCGUCCUGGCGCAUGUACCCAGAGUUCCCCCGUGGUCAGCAGAGGAGUAAAUGACUGUUUGUAUGUAACUUUCACCUCAAAUCGUUUAAUUUGGACUCCAGUUUUAUGACUGAUUCCGCUCUGUGGUUCUGUGUGUCCUCUCUGACUGUUCGGUAGUCGGUACUAAAUGCUGCGGCGCUGCUGCCUGGACCUCCCCGCGGUUUUGGAGCAGGUGGUUAUUUCACGGUAGCACUUAGUCUGUCGGUGCUUCAGUUUUAUCCUCUAUCCGGGCGGACAUGUCGGGACAGAAACCGUCCUUGAAGACCGGCGGCUCCGCUGAAAGCCGCUUCCAGGUGGAUGUGGUGACAGAGGCAUCAUCCGCAGCACCUGCACCUGUCCCGGCUUCCACCGAUGGAUCCAAGCCGCCUGAUGACUCCAAAGGCCGGUUCAGGGUGGUGGGGUUCCUGGAUUCGGGCGCGCUGGGCAGCGCGAUGGACAUCGGGCUCCCACCGGAUGUCUCCCACGAGCCGGACACGACCAAGAGCGACUCGGUCAGCCUCCAUUCAACGGGCACUGGGCAUACCCACAUCUCCGACUCCCACUCCAACACCUACUACAUGAGGACCUUCGGACACAACACCAUAGACGCUGUGCCGAACAUCGAGUUCUACCGGCAGACUGCUGCGUCCUUCGGGGAGAAACUGACCAGACCGUCGCUGUCGGAGCUGCAUGAUGAACUCGAUAAAGAGCCGUUUGAGGAUGGUCUGGCCAAUGGAGAGGAGCCCUCAGCAGCUGAGGAGGCGGCGGCGCUGGCAGCGAAGGAGGCGAAACGAGGAACUGUCAAGUUUGGUUGGGUCAAAGGAGUCCUGGUCCGCUGUAUGCUUAAUAUCUGGGGUGUGAUGCUGUUCAUCAGAAUGUCUUGGAUUGUUGGACAGGCUGGCAUUGGACUGACGAUUGCGAUCAUUCUCAUGGCCACUCUGGUCACCACCAUCACCGGUCUGUCUACCUCUGCCAUUGCAACCAACGGCUUCGUUCGAGGAGGAGGGGCGUAUUACCUGAUCUCCAGGAGUCUGGGGCCAGAGUUCGGAGGCUCGAUCGGUCUCAUCUUCGCCUUUGCCAAUGCUGUGGCUGUGGCCAUGUAUGUCGUGGGCUUCGCCGAGACGGUCGUCGAGUUGCUUAAUGAUGUUGACGCCCUGAUGACCGAUGAGCUCAAUGACAUUCGAAUCGUCGGGACUCUGACCGUCAUCCUGCUGCUGGGAAUCUCUGUAGCUGGGAUGGAGUGGGAGGCCAAGGCUCAGAUUGUCCUCCUGGUUAUUCUGCUGGGAGCCAUCGCCAACUACUUCAUAGGAAGCUUCAUGCCAACAGAAAGCAAGGAGCCCAAAGGAUUCUUCGGCUACCACACGGCCAUCUUUCUCGAGAACCUGGGUCCAGACUUCAGAGAGGAAGAGACGUUCUUCUCUGUGUUUGCCAUCUUCUUCCCAGCAGCCACUGGGAUCCUGGCUGGCGCCAACAUCUCUGGAGAUCUCGCUGACCCUCAGUCAGCAAUCCCUAAAGGAACCCUGCUGGCCAUUCUCAUCACAGGAAUCACCUACGUGGUUAUCGCCAUCUCUGCAGGCUCCUGCCUUGUGAGAGACGCCACCGGCGACCACAAUGACACGGUGAGCGACACGGUGAACUGCACCGACGCCGCCUGCACACUGGGAUACGACUUCUCCAUCUGCAAGGAGGGAGGCUGUCAGUACGGCCUGAUGAACGACUUCCAGGCGAUGAGUCUGGUGUCGGGCUUCGGUCCUCUGAUCACUGCUGGGAUUUUUUCUGCCACUCUGUCGUCGGCUCUGGCGUCGCUGGUCAGCGCGCCCAAAGUCUUCCAGGCUCUGUGUAAAGACAACAUCUAUCCAGGACUGGGCAUGUUUGCAAAGGGUUAUGGGAAAAACAACGAGCCUCUCCGAGGUUACGUCCUGACCUUCUGCAUCGGCCUCGCCUUCAUCCUCAUUGCGGAGUUGAACAUCAUCGCUCCCAUCAUCUCCAACUUCUUCUUGGCCUCCUACGCUCUCAUCAACUUCUCUGUCUUCCACGCUUCCUUGGCCAACUCUCCAGGGUGGCGUCCCAGCUUCAAGUACUACAACAUGUGGGUGUCUCUGGCGGGGGCGAUCCUGUGCUGUGUGGUGAUGUUUGUCAUCAACUGGUGGGCGGCUCUGGUCACCCUGCUCAUCAUACUCGCUCUCUACAUCUACGUCGGCUACAAGAAACCCGAUGUGAACUGGGGUUCGUCCACUCAGGCUCUGAUCUACAACCAGGCUCUGACUCACUGUCUGAACCUCACCGGAGUCGAGGACCACGUCAAAAACUUCAGGCCGCAGUGUUUGGUGCUGACCGGUUAUCCAAACUCUCGUCCUGCUCUGCUUCAUCUGGUUCAUUCUUUCACCAAGAACAUCGGUCUCAUGGUCUGCGGUCACGUCAGGACUGUGUCUCGUCGGCCGAACUUUAAGGAGCUGUCGCAGGAUAACGCCCGCUGUCAGCGCUGGCUCACUAAAAAACGUAUCAAAGCCUUUUACUCUCACGUCUUUGCUGACAACCUGAGGCACGGGGCGCAGUUCCUCCUGCAGUCUGUCGGUCUCGGCCGCCUGAGGCCGAACACGUUGGUUAUGGGCUUCAAGAACAACUGGAGUGAAGGAGACAUGAGAGAUGUGGAGAUUUACAUCAACACCAUACAUGAUGCCUUUGACCUGCAGUUUGGAGUCGUGAUCCUCCGCCUGCAGGAAGGACUCGACAUCUCUCACAUCCAGGGACAAGAUGAACUGCUGUCGGCCCAGGAGAAGCCACCCAUUGGCAGUAAAGACGUGGUGGUUUCUGUCAGUGUGACUAAAGACUCAGACACUGACUCCUGUCCUUCCAAAACCACCAGCAACCAGAGCAGCCCGCUCAUCAUUAGAGACACCAAGUCUCCUCUGAGUCUGACCGACCAGCGACUGUUGGAGGCCAGUCAGCAGUUUAAGAAGAAACAAGGCAAAGGAACCAUUGAUGUCUGGUGGCUGUUUGAUGAUGGAGGCCUGACUCUGCUGAUUCCCUACCUGCUGACCAACAGGAGCAAGUGGGGCGACUGCAGGAUCCGUGUCUUCAUCGGCGGGAAGAUCAACCGCAUCGACCACGACCGCCGAGUGAUGGCCACGCUGCUCAGCAGGUUCAGGAUCGACUUCUCUGAUAUCAACGUCCUGGGAGACAUCAACACCAAACCCAAGAAACACAAUAAGCUGAGUUUUAAGGAGCUGAUCGAGCCGUACAGGCUGAAGGAAGACGACAUGGAGCAGGAGGCUGCGGAGAGGCUGAAGGCUCAGGAGCCCUGGAGGAUCACUGACAACGAACUGGAGCUCUACAAGGCCAAGACCAACCGUCAGAUCCGGCUGAACGAGCUGCUGAAGGAACAUUCCAGCAACGCCAAACUCAUCGUCAUGAGUAUGCCUUUGGCCAGGAAGGGCACCGUGUCGAGCGCCCUCUACAUGUGCUGGAUGGAAACGCUGUCUAAAGACCUCCCGCGUCUGCUGCUGGUCCGAGGAAACCACCAGAGCGUCCUCACCUUCUACUCCUAAAGACCACGUUCACACCAAAUCCAGCAAUGCAGCUCUCCUCUUCAUCUGAAUGGAGGCGGUGCGUUUACGCCGCAGGAGUCGGGACCGCAUUAUAAAAAAAACUAAAAAAACGCAGCGGCCAUCCGGCAAGAAGUUGAACUGACUGACCAUGAAGUUAACACACACACACACACACACA